AUGGCCGGCCCUGGGCACCAGGAUGGGGAGGACAUCGCGCUGAUCGCCUCUCGCCGUCAGAGCGGCGAGCGGCAUCGACACCCGCACCAUUCCGUUCCUGAGGAGUCCGCGCGGCGCGAGGCGGCUCCUGCGCACCCGCCAGCGGCGUCGAAAUGGAGCCCGUGGAACAACGGCUUGGCGUGCAUCGUCAUCGCGGCCACGACGCUGUCGUUCACGCAGCUGUGCGUGAAACUGCUGCCAGGACAAGACGGAGGACCCCGGGUGCCGGUCUUCGAGAUCACGUUCGUCCGGAGCGGGCUGUCCAUCAUCGCCACCGUGUACACGCUGGCGCGCACGCCCAACACGACCAUCCUUGGGGCCGCGAAGAACGUCCCGCUGCUGUUCCUGCGCGGGUUCACCGGCGCGAGCGCGAUGGUGUGCUACUACCUCGCGCUCGUGAGACUCCCCCUCGGGGACUGCAGCGCCGUGUUCUUCCUCAACCCUGUCCUGACAGCGGUGGCGGCGUGGGCCUUCCUGAGCGAGCCUCUCCCGCUCGUCGUGCUCGCGGGCGUCCUGCUCAGCACCACCGGCGCCAUCGUCAUCUCGCAGCCCCCGUUCCUGUUCGGCGAGGAAGCUGCGCUGCAGCAGGAGGGCGGGCCGGAGGUCCGAACCGCGGGCCUCCUCUUCGCGGCGGCUGCGGCGGUGCUCGCGGCGACGGCGUUUCUCAUCAUCCGCAUCCUGGGCAACCGCGAGAACAGCAUCGUCGUCGCGCUCUGGUUCCACGGCACCGCGAUGAUGGUGUCCGCAGUCCCGCUCGUGAUGGGCUGGCCGAAGCCGGCGGUCCUCCCGGACGCAUACGAAGCGAUGCUUCUGUUGUUGAUCGCCGCUGGGUCGUUCGUCGGGCAGGUCUUCCUGAACCGAGGGUUUCAGAUCGAGAACGCGAGUCGGGCGGCGGCGGCUAACUGCGUGCAGGUCAUGUAUGGCUACGCAAUGGGGUUGUUGCUGCUCGGGGAGGAGAGCACGGUGUGGUCGCUGCUCGGCGCGGCGAUGGUCGUUGGCGGCGUCGUGGCCGUCGCGCAGGGGCGGGCGCAGGCGGCUGCGGGCAGCAACAAGGCCCACCAACCGCCCGCGGUGCGCGUGGUGGAGGAGGAGCCAGGCGACAUUGAGAUGAGGGGCGGGACGCGAUGA